CUUCAGUUAGCUAAUUUAGCUAAUUCACAGCACCUUGCGUGACACAGCAUCUGCUUCCUGCUCAUUCUCUGAUGCCCCUGCCUCUUCGCUGCCCCCCUCGUCACGUGCAGCGGAGCCAGCAAAGCCUUUUUCUUUUUUUUUCUGCACUGUCGGCCGCGGGUUUCUUCUUUAUUUUCAUAUAUCGACAACGAACUGCCCGAGGGCUGGAUACAUUGGAGUUGCUAUUACAGGUUGCACCAGCUAUGUCGCUACAGCUGAGACGACCUAUUAAGUAUUUGUAAAGGCUGUGUGAUGUCUACGGGGCUGGAAAAGGGAAAGGAAAAAAGACCUUCGCAAGAUAAGGAAAAUACCCGAACUUCCAGACGGCAAGUCCGUGCCUGCUGCUGCGGAUUGGAAAACAGUAUCCUACCCGAUAAAACCACAGGUUAAACCACUGUACGAAGGCGGACGUUGUACAGUGUUUGCAGUACCGACCUGAGAUCAGCAGAUGGCGCUCGCCCGAUAGAUGUCGAAAGACUUCAUUCAUUCAAAAACUGCUUCUGAUUAACAUAUGCGGCCUUUAUAAAAGGACAAAUUAUGAAAAAUAAAAACGGAAAACGUAGGCUCACAAUUGAAACGCAUUAAUUAAACUAAACGUAAUCAGACCAAUCUCUAAAAAACAGAUUAUCCUUUCAACGUAAUCGAAUGGCAAGACCUCUGCCAAUAGAAAACGUGUCUGUGGUUUGACACGGAAGUGAAUACCGAGAAAGGUCAACAAGUUGCACAUUGUAUGAGCGCGGUACAAUUCAUUUCUGUUGAGAUAUUCGUAUCAUUAUUUUUUAUUUGUUCCAAAGGGCUUUUGUUGGAGUCUCUCCUACAACCUCCUCUUAGAAGAUUAAUACGACUACGGAGUGUGAUCGUACGUAUCAUAGAAGAAAUUGAUUGACUAGGGCCGACAUGGCUGGAAUACUCUUUGAAGACAUUUUUGAUGUGAAGGACAUCGACCCAGAUGGGAUGAAAUUUGACAGAGUGUCUCGACUUCACUGUGAAAGUGAAUCUUUCAAGAUGGACCUCAUACUUGACGUGAACAUUCAGAUCUACCCUGUGGACCUUGGGGACAAGUUUAGGUUGGUGAUAGCCAGUACCCUUUAUGAAGAUGGCACUCCAGAUGAUGGGGAAUACAAUCCAACAGAUGACCGCCCUUCUAGGGCAGAUCAAUUUGAUUAUGUAAUGUACGGAAAGGUCUAUAGAAUUGAAGGAGAUGAGACAUCUACAGAAGCAGCCACUCGUCUUUCUGCAUAUGUCUCGUAUGGUGGCUUGUUGAUGAGACUACAGGGUGAUGCCAACAACUUGCACGGAUUUGAAGUGGAUUCACGGGUCUACCUCUUAAUGAAGAAGCUCGCCUUCUAAACUCCAUUUUCCAUUAUUUGGUCUUUUGUGUGGACUCAAAAUACAGUGCAUUCAAACACCCAAAAGACAGUAUCUCUUGAGGAUCAUGGACUUGCAUCUCUGUGGAUUGUUUUGUAGGAAUACCUGGGAAUUUUUUUUAUUUUUGUUUGCUUUCUUUGAAGCAGCUUCUCUAAUUAGAAGAAGAACUACUAGUCAAACAAAUGAAUACUGUUCAUGGUCAAUCCUGUAAAUAAAACAUGUUUUAUA